CAUAAUUCAGGAUGAACGGAAUGAACUCCUUAAUCUAGGAACCAAGCGCAACCGUGGACGUGUUUCCUUUCGGACAUUCACACUUGUCACAAAUUUCCGAAGUACACAUUUCGGCAUGGCGUGGAGAAAAAUGUAUAACGUUGGAUCUCUAAUUGUGUACAGCAUAACGAUUGUUGCGGCGUUGUAAUUAUUCAUUUAGCUCUUUAUAGAGGUGAAAUAUUCCUGUUUAAACCAUGAGUACCGAUUAGUUAUGUUAUUGUUACUUAGCAAAUGUAGCUAAAGUUAGCGAAUUCGUUCAUGUUUGAGCUUCUGAUCACAUGUUAGCAGAGCUAGUGAACUUAUAGCAAGUAGCUAACUUACUGAACUACAGAACGUUUGAAGUAUAUUGAGCUGUCAAAAGCUAGUCAUUUAGCAAGGUUAACUUUUUUUAAUGAGAUAUUAAGAGUAUAAAGUGGAAGUCCUGGCUGUCAUUACUCUCACACUGCUUCCCACCAAGAAAUCAGAACCGAGUUUACAGCAAGAUUUUCAAAAGCAAAGCUCACAGCCAUCGAGACAUGAUGUGUAAAGUCAAACCAGAGAAAACGGACUCUGCUGCUUCUAAAAUGCCAAAAUCCAGUCAGAGCCAAACGAAAAAGAAACCUCUAAAGAAAACGUUUUAUCAACACACCAAGAAAAAAGAGCCCAUUUCAAAAGAUCAAGGUAAAGCCAAGGCGUUGCUUCCCCCGAAAGAUGCCCAACAGUUUUCAACCAACUGGAAAACGUUACUAGAGGUGUUCAAAUCCAACCCCCCUCCUGUGAAAAGACAACUGUUUCAGCAGAACUCAAAGAAGGAAGUCCCUAAGAAACCCACCAAAGACAUUUCAAAGAAGGAAGUCCCUAAGAAACCCACCAAAGACAUUUCAAAGAAGGACGAGACUCAUAAGAAACCAACUAAAGACAUUCCGAAAGAGGUGGCGGUGGUGCAUAAGAAGCCUGCUAAGAACUUAUCAAAGACAGUGACUGAUGCCAAGGCAACUAAGCCCAAGCAGGUGAACAGUGGGAAAGCAUGGAAGGACAGUUCUGUUCCUGGUAAAACUCAGGUGAAUGGGAUAGAUCCAGGACAAUCGGGGACAGAACAGCCCAAAGCCAAGAAAAGGAAACAGAGCAGUGUCCAGAUAGACAGCAAUGCACAGUUGAAGAAGAAGAAGAAGAAAGUAGAAGUGGAGGAAAAGAAACCCACUGAAUCGGACAUGUGGUUUGAUGAUGUGGACCCUGACGACAUUGAGGCCACAGUGGGAACAGAGGCAGCCGAUAUCAUGAGGAAGAUCCAAGGCACUCAGAAGACAGACGCCCAGACCACAGAGAGCGCGCUGGUCAAGGAUAGGGCAUUUGAGGGCCUGACCAAGGCGGUGGCUAUGGACUGUGAGAUGGUGGGUGUGGGGCCAGAUGGAGAGGACAGCAUCGUAGCCCGGGUCUCCCUUGUCAACCAGUUUGGAAAGUGCAUCUAUGACAAAUUCGUCAAACCCACAGAGAAGGUGACGGACUACAGGACAGCUGUCAGUGGCAUCCGACCAGAUGACAUCAAAAACGGUGAGAAUGUGAAGACCGUACAGAAAGAGGUGGCUGAGAUCCUCCAGGGGAGAACGCUUGUGGGACACGCCAUUCACAAUGACCUCAAGAUUUUGUUCUUGGAUCACCCAAAAAAGAGAAUCAGAGACACCCAGAAGUAUAAACCUUUCAAGAAAAUUGUGAAGAGUGGUCGGCCCUCUCUGAAACUCCUGUGUAGAGAAAUACUCGGUGUCAAAGUACAACAGGGAGAACAUUCAUCCGUCCAAGACGCCCAGGCGACCAUGAGGUUGUACACGGUGGUGAAGAAACAUUGGGAGGCAGAGAUCAAGGCUAGUCAUAACAACCCGGAGUUAACCAAGAAGACCAAGGAACCAAGGAAGCCCAAAUCGCCCAAACACAAAUGAACCUGACUGACUGAAUUGCAUCAGUCUGUAAUGGGACUGAGGACUCACCCUUGACUAGAUGGCACAGGACAGGAGGCUUGAUUGAAUUAACAAUUGUUUCUUUUGGAAGUGAACUUGCACUUUGAGUGAGGUCUUAGUGAAUUGAGGAAUCUCUUGGUGACCCAUAAGGAUUACACAAAGCGGUUUGAUCAAAUUAAUAUGGACUUUAUUCAAAUCCCACUCAACCCUAAUCAUUCAGAAAGUUGGUCAUCAGAAACAGCCUAGUGUGCCGCUUUAACUGUGCAUGGAUCUUUCAUUCAUUGUCUGCUAUAUCAGUUUUCUGGUUCGAAUGUUUUAAAAUGUGGUAUUUUUCUGAUUUAACAUCCAUGUCUUGAUGUUGAAUAUCUGCAGUUUAAAUUCCAAGUGUUUGGAUUAUGUGUUGCCUUUGUAUUUGAGAGUUUUUCAUGAAUUAAAGGUUAGAUAUUUAAAUCACAAGUAAUAACUAGGAGGAAAAAUGUUUAGCCAUAUGGAGAGAAUACCAUGGGCGCGUUCGUAAAUUUGCUCUGGCCAUCUACUAUAACUGAUGAAUUUAAGAACGUUCGACAUGACUGGUGUCAGUAAAUGUCGGCAAAAAUGCAAAUUAGUGUUGCCAGCAGCAAAGUCACCAAUGCUCUGGAUAACAUGAAAAAAGCCUAACCAGCUCUGCUAGGGUGAGUAAAAUGGUCAGAGUGAGGUGUUCUCUCAUUUUUGUAUGGAAGUAGCUAUCAAGCUAGCUCAUUUUAGCCGGAUAGUUUGACUGCCGUUAAGGUCAGAACACUCGGAUCAACCCUACUCUACUCCUUGGCCAGAGCAAAACGCUCUGAAUUUACGAAUACCCAAAGCACUCUGGCACUCCACAGGGAAUUUACAAACGCACCCCCAUAUAACUAGCAACCAAGUUAGUAUGCUCAUUUUGACCUUAUAGUACAUUACAUCAUAAAAAAGCAACAAAGACAAACUAAAUUCACUUCGAUUCAACAUAACUAAACAGAAGAAUACACAGAAACCCCUUACAGCAAACUAGAGGUCUGGGCUGCAAAACUCAUUCCUAUUGCAUGGGGCAAGCUGUUAGUGUUUGAGGUUCCAGAGUGGUGCAGCAGUUUAAGGCAAUGCAUCUCAGCGCAAGAAGUGUCACUACAGUCCCUGGUUCAAAUCCAGGCUGUAUCUCAUCCAGCUGUCAUUGUAAAUACAAAUUUGUUCUUAACUGACUUUCCCAGUUAAGUAAAAAAUAUUUUAGAUCAUUGUUCCAUAAUGCUAUAGUGUAACCAUUAAGGACUUGUAUGUGCCCAGAGAUCAUAAGGUAAGGAUUAGUGUCCCUCUUGUAUAUGGGGGUGAAUCUCUCUUAAAAUAUGUCUAGCAAAUUGAGUUACAAAACCAUGAUGAACCUGCCAAAAUCGACUAUCAUUCCAAGAACCAAGAUGUCUUGGGGAAGGAGUCUUAUUUUAAACCCAUUUUACAUUUACCCGAAUUUUUCACAUUUUCACCCCAAAAUCUUAUUACCGAAAUGCACCCAGAUUAAAGUCUCAGGUCAUUUUAUAAAGCUUAACUUAUUUGAAUAAAACACAAAGUUUACAUUAAA